UAUUUAUUAAAAGAUUAAAAACAAUAGUUUUUUCUUUACACUUUUAAAACUUUAAAUUUAUUUAUUUAAAUUUAAUAAUAUUAAAAGAAAAAAAAAAGAAUUAUAAUAAUAUUUAUUUUAUUUUAAUUAUUUUAUUUACUUAAUUUAUUUAUAUUAAUAAAAAAAAAACUAAAAAAAAAAAAAAAAAAAACAUAAUAAUAAUAAAAACCAAAACAAUGAUAAAAAAUAUAAUAUUUUUAUUGUUCAUUUUUACAAUUUUAUUUACUUUUGUAAAAACUGACACUGAUGGUGGCUUAAUGUGUGGUUGUGAUGAUGACUGUAAAGGAGCAAAUAAAUGUCAAACUGGUAAAUGCUUAUUAGGUUUCUGUUCUUAUAUUCCAAUUUCGUGUGAUGAUGGAAAUCCAUGUAGUAAAGAUAGUUGCGAUUGUGAUAAAGGUUGCCAACAUGAAUAUGUAAACUGUGAUGAUAAAAAUGCAUGUACCCUUGAUGAAUGUACCGGAACUGGCUGUUGUCAUACCCCAAUUUCUUGUGAUGAUAAAAACCCAUGUACCGUAGAUUCAUGUAAUAACUCCACUGGCUGUGUAAAUACCCCAAUUUCUUGUGAUGAUAAUAAUGCCUGUACCUUUGAUUCAUGUGGUCCAAAAGGAUGUAUCCAUACCCCAAAAGCAUGUAACGAUAAUAAUGCUUGUACCGUAGACUCUUGCUCAAACUCCACUGGUUGCUGCUUCACUCCACUUUCAUGUGAUGAUAAUAAUCCAUGUACCGUAGAUUCAUGUAACAAUUCAACUGGUUGUUGCAACACACCAAUUUCUUGUGACGAUAACAACAAAUGUACCUUUGAUUCAUGUGGUCCAAAAGGUUGUGUCCAUUCCCCAAUUUCUUGUGAUGAUAAUAACCCAUGCACCAUUGACUCAUGUUCAAACUCCACUGGCUGUUGCAAUACCCCAAUCUCUUGUGAUGAUAACAAUGCUUGUACUGCUGACUCAUGUGGUCCAAAAGGAUGUAUCCAUACCCCAAUCCCAUGUAACGAUAAUAAUGCCUGUACUGUAGACUCAUGUUCAAAUUCAACUGGUUGCUGCUUCACCCCACUUUCAUGUGAUGAUAAUAAUCCAUGUACCGUAGAUUCAUGUAACAAUUCAACUGGUUGUUGCAAUACUCCACUCAACUGUGAUGAUAAUAAUGCCUGUACUGCUGACUCUUGUGGACCAAAAGGUUGUGUAAAUUCUAAAUUAUCAUGUGACGAUAAUAACCCUUGUACUGCUGACUCUUGUAAUCCAAAGACCGGUUGUGAAAAUACCCCAAUUUCUUGUGAUGAUCAUAAUGCCUGUACCUUUGAUUCAUGUGGACUAAAAGGUUGUGUCCAUACCCAAAUUUCUUGUGAUGAUAAUAAUCCAUGUACUGUAGAUUCAUGUUCAAACUCUACUGGUUGUUGUAACACACCACUCAACUGUGAUGAUAAUAAUCCAUGCACUGCCGACUCCUGUGGACCAAAAGGUUGUGUUAAUACCCCAAUCUCUUGUGAUGAUAACAAUGCUUGUACUGCUGACUCAUGUGGUCCAAAAGGUUGCGUUCAUACUCCAAUAGCAUGUGAUGAUAAAAAUGCCUGUACUGUAGACUCAUGCUCAAACUCCACUGGUUGCUGCUUCACUCCACUUUCAUGUGAUGAUAAUAAUCCAUGUACCGUAGAUUCAUGUAACAAUUCAACUGGUUGUUGCAAUACUCCACUCAACUGUGAUGAUAAUAAUGCCUGUACUGCUGACUCUUGUGGACCAAAAGGUUGUGUAAAUACCAAAAUCACAUGUAAUGAUAAUAAUGCCUGUACUGUAGAUACCUGCUCAGAAAAAACUGGUUGCCGUUUCACUCCACUUUCAUGUGAUGAUAAUAAUCCAUGUACUGUAGAUUCAUGUUCAAACUCAACUGGUUGUUGCAAUACCCCAAUCUCAUGUGAUGAUAAUAACCCCUGUACAAUUGACUCAUGUGGUCCAAAAGGUUGUGUCCAUAUUGCAAUGUCCUGUGAUGAUAAUAAUGCUUGUACUGUAGAUUCAUGCUCAAAUUCAACUGGCUGUUGCCAUACCCCACUUAGCUGUGAUGAUAAUAAUCCAUGCACUGUCGACUCAUGUUCAAAUUCAACUGGCUGUUGCAAUACUCCAAUUUCUUGUGAUGAUAAUAACAAAUGUACUGCUGACUCUUGUGGACCAAAAGGUUGUGUAAAUACUAAACUAUCAUGUGAUGAUAAUAAUCCAUGUACUGUUGACUCUUGUAAUCCAAAGACUGGUUGCGAAAAUACCCCAAUAGCCUGUGAUGAUAAUAACAAAUGUACUGCUGACUCCUGUGGACCAACUGGUUGUUGCUUCACACCAAUUUCAUGUGAUGAUAAUAACCCAUGCACCUUUGACUCCUGUUCAAACAAAACCGGAUGUGUCAACACCCCAAUUACCUGUGAUGAUAACAACGCCUGUACAAAAGAUUCAUGUGGUCCAAAAGGCUGUGUUUACGCCCCAUUAUCCUGCGACGAUAACAAUCCAUGCACUUUAGAUUCAUGUAAUAAUAAGACCGGCUGUUGCAACACCCCACUCAAUUGUGAUGAUAACAAUCCAUGUACUGCCGAUUCUUGUGGUCCAAAAGGUUGUAUUAAUACCCCAAUUACCUGUGAUGAUAACAAUGCUUGUACCAAAGAUUCUUGUGGUCCAAAAGGAUGUAUCUUUACUCAAAUUUCUUGUGAUGACAGCAACCCAUGCACCAUUGAUACCUGUAACAAUAGAACCGGUUGUUGCAACGAACAAUUAAAUUGUGAUGAUGGUGAUAUGUGUACAUUUGACUCAUGUGGUCCAAAAGGCUGCACUCAUACCAAACUUAACUGCGAUGAUAACAAUCCAUGUACCUCUGAUUCAUGUGUUCCAGGUAAAGGUUGUGUAAAUAAAGCAAUAACAUGCGACGCACCAAAAGAUAAAUGUUCAAUCUCAACAUGUGUUCCAGGUAAAGGCUGUGUAGUUUCUAAAAUGGAUUGUGAUGAUGGAAACCCAUGUACUGAUGAUUCAUGUGAAGUAGAUUGUGAUACCAAUAAACCAAAAUGCAUUCAUAAAGAAACAAGAUGUUCAAAACCAAAAGAUAAAUGCUCAAUUAACGAAUGUAGCAUCACUGACGGUAAAUGUAUUUCAAAACCAUUAAACUGUUCUGAUAAUAAUGCUUGUACCAAAGAUUCAUGUAAAGGAGAUUGUGGUUGUACUUAUGAAAAGAUUAAAUGUCCAGAUGAUGGUAACAAAUGUACAGUAUCAGGUUGUGACCCAGUAACUGGAUGUUUCUCAAAACCAAUAUGUUGUGACGAUAAUAAUCCAUGUACAAUUGAUACCUGUGAUCCAAAGACUGGUUGUUGUAAUAAACCAAUUAACUGUGAUGAUGGUGACUCCAAAACAUUUGACUACUGUAGCCUUCUUACUGGUAAAUGUGUAAAUCAAAAAAUUGGUGGUGGUUGCAAAUCUGGAAAGUGUAACUAAAACGUCAGUUUAAAAGAUUCUUUAUUUAUAUUUAUAUAACAAAAAAAAAAAAAAAAAAAAAACAAUAUUUUAAAUUAAAAUACCUUUAAAAUAAAACAUUUAAAUAUUUAAAUAUUUUAAUAUUUAACAUUAUUAAUUAAAUC